AUGGCUGCUUGGGAUCUGUCUGUGACAGUGGAGGAGCUUGGCCCAGAGGCCACACCCUUCAAAGUUAGCGUGACCUCAGACCUGCACAUUGGUGGUGUCGUACUCAGAAUUGUGGAGAAGACACAGAUAAAGAAGGACUGGUCAGACCAUGCCCUGUGGUGGGAGCAGAAGCAGCAGUGGCUGCUCCAACUAUCCUGGACCCUUGAGAAGUAUGAGAUCCAUGCCGAUGCUCGCCUGAGGCUCACCCCCCAGCACAAGCCCCUGAGACUGGGCCUACCCAACGGGACCACUCUGAGGCUUCAGGCCUGCUUCUCUCAUCCAGUCUUCCAAACUGUUAUUGGGGUCUGUCGUCUGCUGAACAUGCGUCACCCAGAGGAGCUGUCGUUGUUACGGCCAGUGGAGGAGAAGAAAAAGAAGAAAGACACAGAGGAGGAAGUAGUAGUAUAUGAUCUAACAAGCCUUCGGAUCUCAUCAGGUCCAGCUCACACCCUGUCCAAUGGCAUGCCUGUGCACUUUGCUGACUCACCCCAGACUGAGGCUGUGUAUAAGAUGUUGUCUGUCAGCCUACCUGCUCCUGAGACUAUCACCAAGACGCCCCGUCCCACCAGCCUUGUGGACAAGGCCCAAGUUCACAGCAGAUGGCUGGAUUCGUCUCGUUCUCUGCUCCAACAGGGAGUGCAGGAGCAUGACAGACUGCUGCUACGCUUCAAAUACUACUGCUUCCAUGACCUGCAUCCCAAGUAUGAUGCAGUCCGUCUGACCCAGAUGUAUGAGCAGGCUCGCUGGGCCAUCUUGUUAGAGGAUGUUGGCUGCACAGAGGAAGAGAUGAUGCUCUUUGCUGCCCUUCAGCACCACAUUGGUAAGGUGUCUCUGUCAGAGCCCCGGCUGAUGAAAUCAUGUCCUGCCAUGGAUGACCUUGACUCCGCCCUUCAGUGUUUGGAGGUGAAGAUGGAUGCAGAGGAGUGCAGUGCUGAAGACAUGCUGGAAACAAUGACGGUAGCACCAGAGCUGCAUGACUACUUGAACAUCUUCAGACCAAAGAGACUGACACUAAAGGGCUAUAAGCAGUUCUGGUUCACGUUCAACAACACAUCCAUCUCCUACUACAAGAGUAAAGAGGAGAGCCUCAAGGAGCCCAUUCAGCAGAUGAAUCUCAAAGGCUGUGAGGUGGUCCCAGACGUUAGUGUGGCUGGUCAGAAGUUCUGCAUCAGACUGCUGAUUCCUGGGGCUCAGGGCAUGAAUGAGGUCUACCUACGCUGUGAGAAUGAGCUGCAGUACAGCAGGUGGAUGGCAGCUUGCCGUUUAGCCUCCAAGGGGAAGAGUCUAGCAGACAGCUCCUUCUCUAAUGAGGUGCAGAAUAUCCAGUCCUUCCUGGACAUGCAGCGAACCACCCCCGGGGUCAAAGCUGCUCAGACUGAUGACAUCAUCAACACACACGGCCUUGUAUCCCCACGCUACCACAAAAAGUACAAGUCCAAACAGCUAACUCCCCGCAUCCUGGAAGCCUAUCAGAAUGUGGCCCAGCUCCCUCUAACAGAUGCUCUCCUCAGGUUUCUUCAGAUCUGGCAGGCUCUACCUGAGUUCGGGGUGUGUUAUUUUGUGGUGAGGUUUAAGGGAUGCCGUAAAGAUGAGGUCCUCGGCGUCACCAACAACCGUCUCAUCCGCAUUGACCUCGGCACCGGAGAUGUGGUGAAGACGUGGAGAUACAACAUCAUGAAGCAGUGGAAUGUCAACUGGGAUAUCCAGCAGGUGGCCAUCGAGUUCAAUGGCAAUGUGAACAUUGCCUUCAGCUGUGUGACUGCUACCUGCAAGAUUGUGCACGAGUACAUUGGGGGCUACAUCUUUAUGGCCACACGCACCAGAGAACAGACAGAGGUGUUGAACCAGGAGCUCUUUUACAAGCUGACUGGUGGCCAUGAAGCCCUCUAAAUAUCCAUGAGAUGAACACCUGGAUCUCUCUUUAUGGUUUCAUGAUACUGUCAUAGACAGCUAGCUGGUCUGACUAGCAUGGUCUAGCUGGUUAUGUUUGUUGUCCAGCAUAGUCUAGCUGGUCUGACCAGCAUGGUCUAGCUGGUUAUGUUUGUUGUCCAGCAUAGUCUAGCUGGUCUGACCAGCAUGGU